GAGAGAGAGGUUGUAAAUGCGACCACGGGAUUGACAUCCAACGUUUCCUCUGACUGAAACGGAGAAAGAGAAAGAAACAAACAACAACGUUCAUAUUGUUCACAACAAAGAACGUGAUGCUUGAAUAUAGAAAUGGAACCCUUCUUCGUUAUUUUGGCCUAGCUGUACCUCAUGGAUAACUAUAACGACGAUACAACGCCAAUUGUUCCGAUCCAUUACAAUUUGGAGAUGGGGUCCUUAGAUGAAAGAGCAGUGAUUGAAUUUGAGGAUGAGAGCCUAGUUAGUCCGGCUGCUGCAUCAAUUUCUACAAACAAAAGUUCUUUUCAUGAGAUUACACAUAUAUCUGCUGCUACUUCAGCAAAAAAUUAUAAACAACACAUGAGGAAUAGUGUGAUCGAUAGCAUCAAGAUCGUAAUUUUCUCAGCCAAAAUCAACAUACUCAUGCCACUUGGCCCUCUAGCAAUCUUGGUUGAUAAAAUGUCUGGCAGUCAUGGUUGGGUCUUCUUUUUAAGCUUAUUGGGUAUUAUACCUUUGGCUGAACGUCUAGGUUAUGCUACAGAGCAGCUGGCUUGCUUUACUGGACCAAUAGUUGGAGGUCUUCUAAAUGCUACUUUCGGAAAUAUUACAGAAUUGAUAAUAUCAAUUUAUGCAUUGAAGAGUGGCAUGAUACGUGUUGUUCAACAGUCAUUACUGGGCUCAAUUUUGUCUAACAUGUUGUUGGUGCUUGGAUGCGCAUUUUUCAGUGGUGGAAUUGUGUUUUAUGAGAAGGAACAAGUGUUCGAUAAGGCAACUGCUUCAGUGGACUCUGGUUUGCUGUUAAUGGCAGUCAUGGGCCUACUAUUUCCUGCUGUCCUUCAUUCUACACACACAGAGUUACAUUUUGGGAAGUCAGAGUUAGCUCUUUCAAGGUUUAGUAGUUGUAUUAUGCUUGUGGCAUAUGCUUCCUAUCUUGCUUAUCAACUGAAGAGGCAGAAGAAUCAAUACAUUCCAGUUGAUGGGGGAGAGAAUCAGACUGAAGAAGGUUCGGAUGAUGAAGAAGCUCCUGAAAUCUCUAUGUGGGAAUCAAUAAUAUGGCUAUCUAUUUUGACUGCAUGGGUUUCAUUCCUCUCAGAAUAUUUAGUUAAUGCCAUAGAGGGGGCAUCUGCUUCACUAAAAAUCCCAGUAGCAUUUAUCAGUGUUAUUUUGCUCCCAAUUGUUGGGAAUGCAGCAGAGCAUGCAGGUGCCGUUAUGUUUGCCAUGAAAGACAAGCUUGAUAUAUCUUUGGGAGUGGCAAUAGGCUCAUCAACACAGAUAGCUAUGUUUGGGAUUCCCUUUUGUGUGGUCGCUGGUUGGGUCAUGGGGCGUCCCAUGGACUUAAAUUUUCAACUUUUUGAGACAGCUACACUUUUUAUAACUGUUCUGGUGGUAGCCUUCAUGGUGCAGGAUGGAACUUCUAAUUACUUAAAAGGACUAAUGCUCGUUCUUUGCUACCUAAUAGUUGCUGCAAGUUUCUUUGUACAUAUAGACCCUUCUUCAAUUGCGGAUAAGCCCCCUAAACCAAGUCAUUGAGGACAUUGUAUUAUAAAGUGAAUCUGCUAAAGAUCAAGCUCCACUUUGUGCAGUGAUUAAGUGUUUUUGCAGAAACUCCCUAAAACAUUGUCAAUUCAUGGGUAAACUUUAACAAGGUUGAUAUUUGGAAGCUCAAGGUUUAUCUUGUCAGUGCAUAGCUUCCGACAUUGAACCAUUCCACGGUCCAAGUUUAAGGUGUUCUUUGGUGCACUUCUUUGAUGUGGUGGGCAAUGGAUACUUUCUUGUCCCUCACGGACAACUAAAGAAAAAUUGUUUGAAUAUAGGAUCUAGGUUUUACAUUGAAUUUCACAGGGUAGGAAUAGUUGAAGUCAAAAUGUGAGAAGUCUCAAGGAUACUCUUCUUUUUUUUGGUUACUAACUAGUAACUGCUGAUACAAAGUGGACUUAUUUUUUCAUCUAUAUGUAUUGUCUCUUACUUCUCCAUUUAAUCAAGGCUAGUGUAUACUAUGGAGAGGUCUUGUUAGUACAUAUUAUAUACAUAUUGAGAAAGUUGUUUACUAUUUUAACAUUGUUAAAUGGAUUGCCAUU